AGUGCCUCCUAGGUUAGCACAUGUUGAAUUCGUCGUAGGAAGGGCUUUUCAUCGUGUAAUUACAAUCCGCUCGAAGUUCUUGAAUUUAAGAUGUCAGGGUAAAUUCAUUUUGUGAGGGAAAUUUCCAUAACGUAGUUCAUGGCCCGUCUGGCACGAUCAUGCGGCGACAACAAGUAGGUGUGAUAAUAAUUGUAAUCGGCUGGAUUUCAAACAUAUUCCCAAGUAGUUCUCAUAAUCUAAUUCGUAGCUAUUUGAAACCCUUUCCUUAACGAUUAUUUCUAACUUUUGUUCAACUUGUGUGUCGCAAUUGUAGGUUUAAAGUCCCUGAAGUUAUAGAAAGAAGAGAUUUGAUGGAAAGCUCGCGGUUGGAACUCUUCGAACGCAUAUUGUGAAGUAGAUGAUGAGAAAUUUCAGGAUCAAUGCUUUCUGAAGGUUUGCAAACCAUAUUCAUUACGUUUGUGGUGUUAAAGUUUCAAAGCCUGCCGUUAUUCUAGUGCACCAUACAGACCAAACCUCCUCUCUUUUGAGAUAUUUUGGUGAUUUAUCCGAUAUGGCUUGUAUGGUUUGUUUGUAUUUAAAAGUUGAAUGAUCGAUUCAAACCAACCCUCUGAGUUUGCUAGGGAUUUUCUUUCAUUGGCGCACGUUUUUGCGAGACUAGUCUUUGAGAAAGACAAAUGAAAAGGUUUUGAUAGUCAGCUUUUUCGUUCAGUGGUCAGUUUGGACAUUUUAUCGGUUUGGAGGUUGAUACAGAGGUCGCUAGCACAGAACUUACACUGAAAUAAAACACACUCAGCUAUGGUUACAACCUGCCACAUUAAAAAAGACAGAAAAUCAUACUAUUUCAUCGCAAGAAGUCCUCAGGUUUGCUUCUGAAAUGAAUUAAGGUCUAUUUUUAAAAUAUUGGCUUUUGAAUAAUGUAGUUGUUACAACUGACAUUCCUGAAAAAUUUGUCUACAUUGUUUCAUUUACUGCAAAAGUUUUAACUGCUAGACACUAUGACACCUUCGCUACAAAAAAAAAACAGUUUUUACAAAUGACCAAAUUGUUAGAUAUGGAAUCAACAAUCUAAGAUACAUUGAACCAGGUUCACCAGUGGGAAAAAUAAGUCUGUGUUUCAUACAUGGGUCUAAAUGGCUACGUUUGACUAAAUUAAAUUGCAUGCUUACAGCUGUACUUCCCCUUAGUUCUAUUUAGAAGGAAUAAUCAAGGGAUGUUAAUGGAUGCAUAGGUGUAUUAAAAUGCAGUGGUUUGUAAGGAACCAGUUUAAAAGCUUAUUUUACUAUAAGUCCACAAGUUCCCAUUUAUCUUGGCAAAUCAAUCCAUUGUUUCUAUAGAGAAGAAAGCACAUAUUAUAUAGCAAACAAGUUUUUGUUGUGGAUAACACACAUUAUUUUUUAUAUUGGCACACUUUUGGAACAAAUAUGCAGACAAUCGUGUUGUUUUUUGUGACUGAAGUGGGCAAUAGAGACAGCUCUUGCAGUUUUGUCUUACAGUUGGAUUUAGCAAUCCAACCAUUUGGUAUUCUUUUUCUUCUUCUUCUUUUGGGGACACGUUGUUAAUAUAGCUUGUAAUAGCCCCCUUAAGGUAUUCCUUGUUUACUUCUGGCUCUAGAGAUUGAGAAAAGGGUUAUAAAUGAGAGACAUAAAACUUUAAUAAAAGCAGUCUUGUGCAGGAAAUCUCAGCAACAUGAGUUCUGCUUGAUAAUGGACAACUGGCAAAAAACGUAUUUGAAAGAACAAUAGCAUUAACCAGUAGUAUGAUGAUGACCUUUAUUUAUAAUUGAUAGUAUUUUAAGCUUCAAGCUUGUGGGGUCCUGUGAAGAAUAAAGGAAAAUUACAUGUUAUGUAAAUGUAACUUGAGUUUGAAAAUAGAAAAUGAUAUAAUUUCAUAAUGUAACUUCUUGAGUAAAAACAAAAUCAGUAUGUAUAAGGCAAGCAGUAGAAGGGGAAAGAAUGUCAAAUUUGAACUCCUGAAAGUAGUCUCUGGUGAGUAGGCAUUUUUCAGAUUAUUGAGACUCGAGCUUCCAACUUCUUGUACAUAGUAGCAAACAGUGUUCCAUAACACAGCAUUUCUAUAUUUAAGCAAGUCUUUCAUGUAUCUUGUUUGGAACCUGGGUACUGUCAAAAGGUCACAUCCCUUCAGUGAGUAACCAUUUUAGCAAUAUUAAAGGAUGUUUUCAGACAGGAUAUUUGAGCAUUGUAAGAGGAUGUUUGAGACUCAGUGUAAUAACAAAGAGCACCAUAAGCAUGUGAAAAUGUUGGGUGCCUGUUUAUUUAUUUUUGCCUCUAACAAUCCUUUACAACUCCAUUUAAUAGAUAAGAUAGGCCAGCACAAAACAAAUCUGGUUGUAGCAAAAUCCUCCCUCAGGUUAUUGCAAACAGUACCGAGUUUCCAUUGCAUUUCAUACGAUCCUAAUAUGACUCUCCCAAAUGCAUUGGAGGAGACUUCUAAUUGCUUGGCCAUCAAUGCUUGCUCUCUCUCUCUCUCUCUCUCUCUCUCUCUCUCUCUCUCUCUCUCUCUUUAGAUUCAUGAGUGAGUGUUUGCUACGCGUUUUCUCUAUGCCUAUUUAAAUUAAGUAAAAGUUUUUUUUUAAAGUAUUUAACAAUUCUAGCCAAAAGAAUAUUGCUUUUUAGCUCUCUUCUAUGCAAAACCAACGUUAUUAAAGUUUAAUUGUUGUUCGCAUUUCGUCACUGAAAAGUCAGAAGGUAGCAAAUACCCAAACCUAGGUACAUCAAUCAUUUUUUUUUUAUAAAAUUCAAAAACUUUUCCGGAUAUCAAAGGUCUUCUAAAUGUUCUUCUUUGCCGUAAAAGCCUUCUGAGUUCUGUCGUUUUAAAAUUUUUUCUGUGAAGACCAUUUUUAGCAAAAAAGUGCGCUUCUGGGUAUGUAGGUGUACAAGACUUGAAACUUUGGAACCCAAACAUUUCUAAAAAUGCGUUUUUCGCAUUAUUUCACUUUUUAGUUCAUUCUAAUGCCAUGAUUUUCGCAUGCAUGGAUGACGCAUUAUUUUUUAAGAAUUUACAACGUGUUUACAAGCUAUUCCAUUCAUUUUUAUCAAUUUUACGAGCGAAAUUCUGCAUGUAGCAAAUACCCAUUUUAUGUAGCAAAUACCCACUUGUAAGUAGCAAAUACCCACUUUGCCAAAUUGAUGGGACAUUUUACUUAUAAAACUUGAAUAAAGCGGAAUUCUGGUAAUUUGUUUGCAUAGCUAAAAGACGCCUUGUGAAAGGGAACAUGGAAAAUAAUUUAAACAUUUUUUAAAAGUGUUAUUAUUUGAAUUAAAGCAGAAAUAUCGUGACUGAGCGACAUUCAAGUUAAAAAGAGAAGCGGAGCAAUAUUGACAGUUAAGAUGAUUUCCCUGCCUAGUGUACUAAUUGAAUUAACAAAAUAAAGCUUUUUUAGACCAUUUUUUACUGAUCACGUGGACAACAACAAUUUUUUUCACGUCGGCAACGUAGGGGGUGGUUACCCAAUCCCCCGAGCCUAAUGGCUCAUUUUAAAAACGCUCGACAAAGAUGAUAAAAACGCAAAAAUAUCACUUAGCUCCCGAUGCUGAACUUCCCCUGAAACCCUACCAGCCCUAAUCACCUAACAUUAUAGCCCUAACCCCAAGCCUAAUUACCAAUUCAUAACCCUACCUCUACAAUUGUAUACUAAUACACUUAUAGGCUUACAGCCAAGCGUAGUUAUGCGAGAUAGGCCAGACUUAAAUUCCGAUAAAGUGGUUGCUGAUUUAAUUGAAGAUGGUAACUGGUUCCAAGAAUGUAUGAAAAGAGCUCUGAAUAUGGCUAGAGGUAUUUACAGGCUGGGAAACAUUAAGAGCAGAGGAGCGCAAAUUGUAAUGACAGACUCUAGGUGUAAAAAAAUUAGAAAUAUACGAAGCUUCCUGUCGCUUGUAUACCUUAAACAUGAUUAAAGACGCAGUAAAACGUCUUGGGUUAAGGUGUCCAUACUAGCAGGCCUGAGACAGUCUUUGUACUCAGUAGAUCUACUUAAAUUAAGCACAGUUCUUAACGCGUAAAAAUACAUUUUUCCAGCUUAUUUUUUCAGGGAAGUAGAUUCCCAACAAAAAGGGGAACAGUAAAUGAUACCCUUUCAUGUACAGGGAUUCCACCUUAAGUUUGCUAGCACAAAAUUUAGAUACUCUUACUAAAUGCGCAAACGGCUAAUUUUCAGAAGAGACAUGACGCUUUACUUUACAAACAUGGCCACUGGUUUUUCGAUAGAUUUUAUUGCUGUUAAUUGGAUUUAUGAGCAAAACUCUACACCUAGCAAAUUCCCAUUUUAUGUAGCUUAUCACAUACAGGGCAAAAUUACUAAGUGCUGAUUGGCUGAGACAGAGGGCAUUUUUUCUUAAUCACGAGGGUACUUUUGGUAAUCAAAAGGGCAUGAUUACUUGAUCUUGAUUGGUUUAAAGUUGCUUUGUAAUGAAGUUAUUGCUUAGAUUUGUUGCCGAUUAAAAUUUUCUGCAACAAUGGCUUCCCAUUUUGUUGAAGAGUUUAUUGAGGAACUACUAAACACAAGUGAGCACAAAAACACAAAAAGAAGUACGGACUACUGGACUAACAUUUUCCAACAAUGGGCAAAGACAAGAGGAAAAAAUGAGCAAUGUCGCGGCAUUGAACGGGCUUCCUAAAAGAAUAACGUCGCGCGUGAAUGGAUUCCCGCGAUAAUUUUGCCCUUUAUGUGAUAAACAAGAAAUCGCAAGUGCCCUCGGGCAAUUAAGGAUUAAUUUCACUGGUGUUUUCAAAGUUUGGAAAUACGCGUGAAAUUAAUCAUAAUUGCCCGAGGACCCAUGCGAUUACAUAUACAUAUCCUAUUGACAGCUCGCAUGCAAGUUUGGGCGUGCGUGUUGAUCAUCCUUAAAAGCUCUAUGACAAUGGCGAUUUUAGCUGCAAUUUCACCGGUUUGUGAGGUUUACAGAGCGAUAUAAAUAUUUUUAAAAGCAAGUGGAUAUUAGUUAAAGGUUAAUGGACAUCGUAGAAAGACAACAAUAGAUAAAGUCUUAAGUAUUCUAAUGUUAUCUUUGUAUUGGCUCAUUUAGAAUAAAACACCAAUAUUUAGGAAGGGGUUAUGCGAUAUCGCUCUAUUAUGACGACAAAAGUUGCACUAGGGUAAAGUUAAACCCAUAAAAAAUAUUUAACUGUUAACAUGUAAUAGUUCAAUAGACACUAAAGGAAACAACGAAAUUAGUGGUUAAUAAAAGUGUGUUAGUCUAAUAUGUAUUUCACGGGCUUAGUGACUUCACCCUAAACUUUUUCGAAAACGUCAUGAAACUUCCACAAAAUCUCAACUGGAACUGCACUUAAAAAGACAAUAUAUUGCAGGUUCAUGACAACGAGUCUCAAAGUAAACUCUUUUAAUUCCAGAUAUAAGCUUUAUCACUUGGAGCUAAGUUUUUAAACGACAACUUUUGCUUUAUGAAAAAUUCAACUUUAUAACACCUCGCAACAAGACCAAGACAAGUUAAAUCUUUUUCAUAGAAGUCGAUGUCCUACACACAUCAGUCACCAAGACAAAUUCUAUGACUCUUAAGGCCGAUUUCCACGAUGCGAUUGUAGUAUAUGACUCUUAAGGCCGAUUUCCACGAUGCGAUUGUAGUAUAUGACUUGAUGCAUGUGACCCGAAUCAUACCAUAUAAACGGUCAUUCGUCAGGUCGUACACGACCCUAUGACUUGUCGUUCGAACCUUAACACACGAAGAAAUUGCAUUGUGUAAAUCGGCCUUUUUAGGGAAUAUUGACUUACUUGAAAUAAAACGAUCAACCAUAAAAUGACUGGCAAACGGUUAAAGAAAAUAACAUGUUAGCAAUAUAGGACUCAAUUAUGUUGUAACCCUGAAUACAUAAAGACAAGAAAUGUUCAAUGUCAACUAAUGUUCAAAUAUAAUGCAAGAACCACAGGAUCAAACUACUACUUUCUCUUCAUCUUUUGACGUUUGACUUCUUUUCGUACCUUGUCCGCCAAACGUUUGUUUUGCCUCAAAAGAAGCUCCUCAUCAUCGGUUCCGAAGACCAACCCGGUUUUCCAUGCUUUCUCAUCAUUUAUCACCCGUUCCCAAACGACCUCUCUUUUUACUGCGUUGUUUUCAAUCAUAUCCUGAGUUAACGAUAGGAGAUGGUCUGUUUGUUCAUCGGUGAACUUACUCCAUGAUGGCUUUGCAGAUUCAGAUGCGAUGGAUGGAGCUCUGGAAGACAUAAACCGUUCUAUCUUCUGUUCAGGAGACUCAACUUCAGUUGGUGGUUCUAAGUUUUUGGUAAAUUCUGAUCGAAGCCUUCUCACUUUCAACACAAUUGCCUUCAUGGGUGUGUUUCCAACAGGUUGGAAGCACCAAGUUUAUCUCUGACAAUGUUUUCAGUUAUGUUACCAGUCUCAAUUUCAGACUUGAAUAAAUCUUGAAGUUUUGAGGUCUCUUCCUCGGUCCACUCGACAGGAAUUAUUGAUACCUAAAAGAAAUCAGAAUUCGUAUGCCAAUUGUUAUUCAAAUUACUACGAUUGGUAUGCAUUAUAAGAGUACUUACCUCUGUCUUUGCGCAGUUCAUGGUGAUAAAUUUUCUGACAGCACGACGCCCAAUAUCUGUUUCUCUAACUUUGUCAUUGAUGCGGUAAUAUUGAGCUUGUGUUUGAGGUUUGUGCUGUGCAAGGGCAGCCAGUUGUUCUUGAUCUUCAGGCAAAUGGACAUGCACUCCUGAUGCCAGAGAUUUUCUUAUCAAGGUUGCGGAGAUGCGACCGUGAAACUUCACACCCUCCCUUUGAAAUGUACGAGUCAGACACGUGGAUACUUGCGAUGAAGUAAGUUUAACGCCAUUGGUUGAAACGAACAUGUUAUCUGUGGCAUCUUUGACGUACUUAGGCCUCACCCUUGAGAUAUACGUAUUCACCAGAUUGUAAACAUCAGCAUGAAACCAUACAAUGGCUGCCCCAUAAACACCUCCUGUCUUGUGAUUCUUAACUGAUACGCGGUAUCUCUCUCCAUCUUCUUCUCCAGCGUACAGUUUAGCAUCUUUGAAUUCCUCCACUGUUAUAUUUGCUGCAAUACCACUUCUUCCGGAGUUGUCAAUUAUUAAUCUUGUAAUCAGCCAAUCCCUUACUUCGCAAAAGGUCUGAUCGUUGACCAGCACAGGUUCUCCACAAGCUUUGCUUUUCUCCGCAGCUGUUCCAAGCGCUUUAAUUAUGUUUAUUCGCUGUUGUCCAUUUGACACUUUAUAUAGAUCUUCGCUAGAAAGGAGUUUUGCAAAGUCCAUGUCAUGUUUCUCUAAUUUCCUUUUCAGCACCUUCUUUCUUUGAGCAGAUGACCACGAAGUUAAAAGAUCUCUCCUUGCAUGAAGUGUGUCUAAUCUAUCUUGCCCUUUCUCUUCUUGCACAAGGAAUUUAAGGAAUAGCCUAAGGCUCAUUAGGUAUGAUCUAAUGGUUCCAGGUUGAUACUCCUCAGAUAGUUGACCCAACCACUUCCUCAACAUUACCACUCCGUCAUGCCCCUCGACAGUAACAAGAUCUAUUUCAUUUGCUGCUUGAGGGAAAUCUUCUGAAAGAACUUUCAUGAUGCGUUUUACCUGUGACUUGUGACCAGCCACUUUUGCGCAGCGAUAACCCCCCGUCUACGUCUAUCAACCAGGAAUGAAACUCGUUAAGCAGUGGGCUGUCAUCACUACUAUCAUUGUCUUCAAAACUGACAUCAUCUUCCAUCUCUUCAAGACAGUCGUCAUUAUCAUCAUCAUCGCUAUCGUAUACUGAUGAUUCAUCAUCAUUCAUAACUUCCUUAGGCACUUUACCUUGUGAAAGAUUGCUUUGGGAGUCAGUAUUACCAGCGUUCUUUUUCUUUCAAAAACAACAUCAACCACGCUCUUCCAUUCUGGUUCCACACGAAGAAAAUCGAGAUUAUCUACGUUUUCCACGAAAUCAGUUAAAAUGUCAUCCCUUUCUUGCAACGAGCAGUUAUCUGACAAGCUUCCAGUGCUACACUCUGAUUCGGAGUCCAGGGAAGGGUGAUAGUUUGGGUCUAAAAUUUCCUCUUCUUCACUGUCGCAUAUAACUAUUUCACUAGAUUUGGUAUUACCAGCCGUCACUGGUGGUUGAGGUGGUUGGAUUACUUGGUCAGCAUUUUUGCGGUUGUUUAACUCUUCAGAUAGCUCGGCAUCGCUUUCACACUGGGAGGACAUCAUAGACACUAACUGUUUAAAGCUUCGCUUCUUGCACUCUUCAUUUCUUUUCCACACGUUAUCCACAAGUUGAUCAUACUCCAAAUCGCUGUCAUGGUCAUCAUGUGUAUCACCUACCUUUGAUUCCAUUUGAUCCAUUACUUUUUCAUACUCCAAAUUACUGUCAUGAUCAUUGCCUGAAUCUCCACUUUCUUCAUUAUGUAGCUUGUGUUCCACUUUAUCAACUUGCUGAUCAUACUCUAAUUUGCUGUCAUCAUCAUUGUACGUCUCUCUUACCUUUGAUUCACAACUUUCUUCAUUAUGUAGUUUGCGCUCCUCUGCAUUACUAUUGGAGGAGGUCGGUGCGAGGUGCCCAGGGUUACUCACGUUUCUGCUGAUAGUUGCUUCUCCUUCAGGAUUUUCUAAUAAUUGAUCAUCCGAGUCAUUUUCAAUUUCUUCCUCAGCUUCGAUUCUAUUCACCAAACUAUACUCAUUUUCCUUGUCACCCUUGUAAAAUUUCACCCUUUUUGCGGCCUUUCCACGUACAGGUGAUUUUGAUUCGAUUUUUUCUUUUUAGGACCAUCUUUAGUUGUGGCGCUCUUUGCUUUGGAUUUCUUUCUCUUGGCAAUGUGAUCUCGUAGCUCUUGAAGCCCAAUUCUCGGAGCAGAUUUAAGCGCAUCUAAGUAUUGGUUUGAGUUGGGAUUAAGCUUGUGGAUAUUUGACUGUAAAUGAUGAUGAAGUUGAAAGACACCUUUCUUUGAAUGCUUGCAUGGAGAUAACGGACAAAACUUUAUCUUCCUAUUAGGCGCUUUCUUGUUUCCAUUUAUAUAUACAUCUACCUGACGAAAAAUCUUAUUCACUUUAUGUACAUCCUUCUGAUGACGAGAUAAAUUUAUAACUGAUUUCCCACAUCUCGAACACACUUUAGAUUCCCGAGACUUUUUCCUUAUUUCAGAACUACCUUCCAUGGUUACUAUAAUACAAACAAAUAGAAAACUGAUCUCAAUGAUAGAGUUGACAAUGGUUAGCACAGCAUAACAGAUGAGUAGAAUGAUCUGACAAUGAUCAACACAGCAUAAAAGAUAAUUAAAAUGAUUUGACAGUGAUGAACACAGCAUAAAAGAUGAUUUCAAUGAUUUGAAAGUGAUAAACACAGUAUAACAUGAUUACAAUGAUUUGACAGUGAUCAACAGAGUAUAACAGAUGAUUUAACAGUGAUCUACACAGCAUAACAGAUGAUUAGAAUGAUUUGAAAGUGAUCAACAAAGCAUAACAGUUGAUUAGAAUGAUUUGACAGUGAUAAACACAGCAUAACACAUGAUUGCAAUGAUUUAACAGUGAUCAACACAGCAGAACAGAUGAUUAAAAUGAUUUAACAGUGAUCAACACAGCAUAACACAUGAUUGCAAUGAUUUAACAGUGAUCAACACAGCAGAACAUGAUUAAAAUGAUUUAACAGUGAUGAACACAGCAGAACAGGUGAUUAGAAUGAUUUGACAGUGAUCACUAGAGUAUAAGAAAUGAUUGCAAUGAUUUAACAGUGAUCAACACAGCAUAACAUAUGAUUAAAAUGAUUUAACAGUGAUGAACACAGCAGAACAGAUGAUUAGAAUGAUUUGACAGUGAUCACUAGAGUAUAAGAAAUGAUUGCAAUGAUUUAACAGUGAUCAACACAGCAUAACAUAUGAUUAAAAUGAUUUAACAGUGAUGAACACAGCAGAACAGAUGAUUAGAAUGAUUUGACAGUGAUCACUAGAGUAUAAGAAAUGAUUGCAAUGAUUUAACAGUGAUCAACACAGCAUAACAUAUGAUUAAAAUGAUUUAACAGUGAUCAACACAGCAGAACAGAUGAUUAGAAUGAUUUGACAGUGAUCACUAGAGUAUAAGAAAUGAUUACAAUGAUUUAACAGUGAUCAACACAGCAUAACAUAUGAUUAAAAUGAUUUAACAGUGAUCAACACAGCAGAACAGAUGAUUAGAAUGAUUUGACAGUGAUCACUAGAGUAUAAGAAAUGAUUGCAAUGAUUUAACAGUGAUCAACACAGCAUAACAUAUGAUUAAAAUGAUUUAACAGUGAUGAACACAGCAGAACAGAUGAUUAGAAUGAUUUGACAGUGAUCACUAGAGUAUAAGAAAUGAUUGCAAUGAUUUAACAGUGAUCAACACAGCAUAACAUAUGAUUAAAAUGAUUUGACAGUGAUCAACACAGCAGAACAGAUGAUUAGAAUGAUUUGACAGUGAUCAACACAGCAUAACAGAUGAUUAGAAUGAUUUGACAGUGAUCAACACAGCAUAACAUAUGAUUAAAAUGAUUUAACAGUGAUGAACACAGCAGAACAGAUGAUUAGAAUGAUUUGACAGUGAUCACUAGAGUAUAAGAAAUGAUUGCAAUGAUUUAACAGUGAUCAACACAGCAUAACAUAUGAUUAAAAUGAUUUAACAGUGAUCAACACAGCAGAACAGAUGAUUAGAAUGAUUUGACAGUGAUCACUAGAGUAUAAGAAAUGAUUGCAAUGAUUUAACAGUGAUCAACACAGCAUAACAUAUGAUUAAAAUGAUUUAACAGUGAUCAACACAGCAGAACAGAUGAUUAGAAUGAUUUGACAGUGAUCACUAGAGUAUAAGAAAUGAUUACAAUGAUUUAACAGUGAUCAACACAGCAUAACAUAUGAUUAAAAUGAUUUAACAGUGAUGAACACAGCAGAACAGAUGAUUAGAAUGAUUUGACAGUGAUCACUAGAGUAUAAGAAAUGAUUGCAAUGAUUUAACAGUGAUCAACACAGCAUAACAUAUGAUUAAAAUGAUUUAACAGUGAUGAACACAGCAGAACAGAUGAUUAGAAUGAUUUGACAGUGAUCACUAGAGUAUAAGAAAUGAUUGCAAUGAUUUAACAGUGAUCAACACAGCAUAACAUAUGAUUAAAAUGAUUUAACAGUGAUGAACACAGCAGAACAGAUGAUUAGAAUGAUUUGACAGUGAUCACUAGAGUAUAAGAAAUGAUUGCAAUGAUUUAACAGUGAUCAACACAGCAUAACAUAUGAUUAAAAUGAUUUAACAGUGAUGAACACAGCAGAACAGAUGAUUAGAAUGAUUUGACAGUGAUCACUAGAGUAUAAGAAAUGAUUGCAAUGAUUUAACAGUGAUCAACACAGCAUAACAUAUGAUUAAAAUGAUUUAACAGUGAUCAACACAGCAGAACAGAUGAUUAGAAUGAUUUGACAGUGAUCAACACAGCAUAACAGAUGAUUAGAAUGAUUUGACAGUGCUCAACAAGGCAUAACAGAUGAUUAGAAUGAUUUGACAGUGCUCAACAAAGCAUAACAGAUGAUUAGAAUGAUUUGACAGUGAUUAACAAAGCAUAACAGUUGAUUAGAAUGAUUUGAAAUUUAUCAACACAGCAGAACAGAUGAUUAGAAUGAUUUGACAGUAAUCAACACAGCAUAACAGUUUAUUAGAAUGAUUUGACAGUGAUCAACAAAGCAUAACAGUUAAUUAGAAUGAUUUGACAGUGAUCAACACAGCAUAACAGUUGAUUAAAAUGAUUUGACAGUGAUCAACACAGCAUAAGAGAUGAUUGCAAUGAUUUGACAGGGAUUGAAAUAGGAUAAGAGAUGAUCACAAUAAAUAAUAGCAUCGAAAAUAACUUAUCCAAAGUCCUGAAACAUCGAUCGAUGUUUUGUUGCUAUCAAGGGAAUUUCUGUUUAUAAAAAACAAUUUUAUUUUUUAAGUAAGAGCUUUCACCCACUUCAUUGUUAGAACAAAGCAGAAAAAAUGCAUUCUACGAUUCAUAUCUAUAUGAUUUGGAAAUUAAAUAUAAGUAAACCGAUAAUUAUGUAAGAUAUUACGAAGGCCAAUCAUUCUUCAAGUUUAUCGGCUUUUUUCUCAAAUAUUGUAAAAAAUAUAUCGACACUUAUACCUUGGAUGCUUGCAAAGCGUAUUUCGUUGAUAACCACUUGCUUAAGGGACGAAAUAUAACAAGAAACCUAUGUUGAUCUUAUUUUCUUACCGUUUGAAAGUUGCCGUCAUCGACGAACACGUGAAACACGAAAACGAAAGUUGAAGUGUGUGAACGCUGACCGCUAAUGAUGUACUUCUUCGGUAAUAAACCGUAGAACCAAAAAAAUAGUUUUCUUUAAUAUGAAACCUUGAAAUAGGUAAAAAAUUUGUCAAAUACCUAUUUUGAGUAUUUGCUACGGUAACAAAAACCCAUUUUGAGUAUUUGCUACGGUAACAAAUACCCACUUGGGAGUAGCAAAGACCCAGAUGAGUAUUGGCUACCGUAGCAAAAACCCAUUGAACGUAUCAAAUACCCACAUGGGUAUUUCCUACCGUAGCAAAAACCCACAUGGGUAUUUCCUACCGUAGCAAAAACCCUCAAUGGGUAUUUUGUACCGUAGAAAAUACCCACAAGAAUCUAACCACGUAGCAAAUACCCAGAUCACUCUAGCUCUCUCUCUCUCUCUCUCUCUCUCUCUCUCUCUCUCUCUCUCUCUCUCUCUCUCUCUUUAGUGAUUUAAUUAUUGUACUGUAGCUAUGUGGAAUUGUUUUGUACUGUGUAUUCUGUAUUUUUUUGCUCUUUUUUUAUUGUAAAUUGUAAGGUCUUAAUUUAAUGCAUAAUAAUUUACAAGCAAUCAAAACCCUUUAAUACAAAAUAAAAAAUAACAUAGGAAGAAUAAAAAUAUUCCUCGUAUCUGAAUUUUCUUCCAUGGUUCGAAGAGCUUUGAAAUAGUUCAUUACCAAUAGUUCCGCAGGGAACCUUUGGGGGGGCAUGCUUGUGGAUUUCUAUUCAAUUUCUCUAAAGUGACGGAGAAUGCGAAUAACAAUAAAACUACUGAUUUUUUUCCACAUCUUCAGUGAUGUUGCUAUGGGGUCUGAUAAUCACUAAAUUGAAAUAUCAUAGAUUGUUAUGUUUUACUACUCAUUUCAACCUUUAAUUACUAUAAAUAAGCCAGAAAUCCAACGAUUUUGCUUGAGCUGCCUUGAACUCAAGGCUGUAUAAUUACUGAACAAUUAUUGCACGAGGCUGAGUAUGAUAUGAAUAGUUAUGCAGAUCAAGGGGGUUAUCCGCCAAAGCUGAAGGCUUGAGCCCAGUGGAUAACACCCUCCGAGAUCUGUAUAUCUUCAUAUCAUACGAAAGCCGAGUUCAAUAAAUGAUUAAUUAUUCAUUCAAAAUAUUUACACAGCAAAACAAAACGGUAACUGAAAAUAAUUUAGUGAAUGAUAUUAAAGUUACUGUACGUCAUUUACUUGAAAAGUGCCAAAAUUACGCUUUCUGUUUUGUUGCGGUUGGUAAAUUUGUUUGCUAUGUCAAUGGUGGAAAGCCUGUCCGUUCUUUCUUUGUGUAUGUUUAAAACUGUCAGGUUACUAAAUUGUUCUUGGUUCAUUCUUGAACGGAGCCAUAUUUUUAGCCUCUGGGCAGUUGAAAAGGAUCUUUCACCAGCUGCACUUGUUGCUAGAUUUACGAGAAUCACCUUACAUAACGUGAUAACUUCUUUUAUCAUUUCCCGUUCUGGGUUGGGUAGCUCUUUAAUUUUUACUAUGAUGUCGUCCAAACAAAAAUAAUUACCAUCCUUCAGCAGCACUUGUAAAAUUUCCAUCUGGGUGGUUAACACUGAAAUAUUGACAUCAUCGUUGUACAGUUUUUCCAUAAACUUUAGCUCUUCGGAUUUGUCCUGCGAAUGCAGGGUCUUAAUUAAGAGAGACUCCAUCUUUGCAUACGUAUCAAAGCUUGGCUGGUCAAACCGCUGGUCAAUAGCGUUCAUCAUCAAGUCAAUAGCUUCAAAGUAUAUUUGCCUGUAAUAGUCUUGUGCGGUCACAGGAUAUGUUAGCUCUCCAGUGCCAAUUUCAAUUCUUCUUGGUGCGCAAGUUCUCCUUGGUAACAUCGGUCCACUCAUGGAGGGAUAGCUUUUACUUUUCAGCAAAACUACAUCAUAAAAUGAUCUGAAGCUCGUAUCGUUUCGCAUCUUCUGCAGAACGUCUUUUGUAAGACAAAGCUGCCUGUUUGCCACUUAUAGCUGACAUCUUUGUUUGCUGUAAGGUUCUUGAUAAGUUAUCUGUGUGAGAAAACAGCCUCUGUCCUAAAUUCAACCCGAAAAAGAAGUAAAAAGUGUUCAUUUGCACUUGGCAUCCAGUGAUCCUUCCACGUAUAUCGUAUUUAUGUUGCCGUGUACCAUGUGCACUUUGUUCAUAAUAACCGCUGGAUUGAAUGUUCCUUGAUGACCAGAGCUAUACACAAUUCUGCAGUUUAAGUACUUUUGAUGACAAAAUAUUUUAUGAACAGACUGCGUUCAACAAAACUUGCAAUUGGAAUGCUCAAUGAGCCGUGAAGCUUGACAUCAAAAGACGGACUUUGCACUGAUCGAGCUAAAAUCAGGACGCACAAUAACAAGAGAAAAAAUAACUUCAUAAUCUUCCAAAAAUUAAGGUUGAAACUAAUAAACAGUUUGUUUGAGAAUCGCCUAUAAACUAAACCCAGUUAUUACUUUGGAUUGAAAUUGACCAAUUACGAAACAAUGCGUUUUGCUGAAAGGUCUGCAGGAAAAAGAAGCCAUUUAAAAGACGUUUACCUCUGCUAGGUUAGAAGCGAAAAAAUAUUUUACAACUGUAACAACUAAUGCUUCAUUCUGUCUAUUUAUCUGCACAUUUGUCUUCGCCAGUAACUCUGGUCAUUUUCAAAUUAAUGAUUUUUUGCUAUUUUUCACUCUGUUACUUUUGUUAAAUUAUUUUUUGUUUAAUUUAUUUUUAUUCUUGCAUGCUUUAUUCAAAGAGCCAAGUUAUUUCAUUGUACAGUCAGAUCAGACCCACAUAUUCAGUGAAACUUACUGUCAGACCAAGCUCUAGUGUUAUUAGAAAAAUAUACUACCCCUGUCAUUAGAAAAAUAUACUACCCCUGUCCAGCAGAAAUUGAUGGUAGGUGUAAUCCUUAAGCUGCUACACUGUGGAUACAAAUACAAAUAAAAAGCUCAACACUGUCAAACAAUGCAAAAGUGCAAGUGAUGUCCCUUGUACAUCAAAGCCAUGUGCUUGGAGUGUGCCGCAAAGAAAACCCACAGAAAACCCAAAAAGGCUCCCCUCUGAUUGUUUCUUUUUUUUUUUAGGGCUUGAAGUAGAAAAUGUUUCCUUUUGAUAAACACAAAUCCUUGGACAACAAUUCUGAUAAUAAAUAAUGGAGAGUCACUAAACUGUGGAAAAGUUCUGACAUUUGUAAACAACACAAGAUAACUGACUACCUUAUAUUUACCAGUGAAUAAUAAUCAAUAUAUGCUAUUCAAUACCUUAGAACUUUUCAUUGACAAACUUUUCAUGAAGCAGUGGUGUGUUUGUUUUGGUAGAGGAUGAUGGUGUUUUGGUGCUGAUUAGAAGCAAUGCUUGAAUGAUCUAAAAUAAAUUAGGGACAAGGAUGACAAAAAAGUCAGAAAGAGCUUGUCAGAUUUCCAAUAAUACCAAUAUUAGUAAUAUUGAUACUUUAUUGACUCUAUAUUACACUCCACCUCAAUAUUACACUCCACAUAACAACACAUGUGAAAAAAUAUUGUAUUUCUUCAUGUGUGUUGAUGUAGCCAAUCAGUUGCUGACAUGUCACUUGCCUUUGGCACCACUUGGUCAGGUUGAUGAAUGAACAGCAAAGCCUUCACCAUUCUAAAUAGGAGUUCUUUGUAUUUUGUUUGAAUUAUGGCGGCUAAAACACAAAACAAAAUCCGUAUCGCUGACGGACAGUGAGGUUCAAACUUCCCUAGAAAGUGAAGAAAACCUAUAUACCAAAAAAGUUACAUAUUCAGUGGCUUUGGUGUUAGCAUUUCUUUCAGCUGAGAAUAAAAAUCGACAACUGGAAGAUUUGCUACUGGUUCAAUUUUGGCUGUUUACCAGAGAGACUUCUGUUGCUAAGGACAAAUCAAUGAAUGAAAAUUUUGUACAUUGAAGAUGACGACUAUUGUUGUUUUUGUAAUCAUGAUUCAAUGCAUUUUUCCAUUGUAAGAGUUAGCGGCAACACACUCAACAGUUGUUAUUCAGGGAUUGUUGAUUCAUUUAUUUUCAUUCAGUAAUGAAGCUAGAUUUUCCUCUCAGUAAAGGGCUAUUGUGUUUAUAUGACUAGUAAUUUCUAUUAGAAAGGUGAGUGCUGUGAGAAUGCAUUAGAAAGAUAAACAACCAGAAUUACAGCAAUGUGGUUUUUAUAAACGUAAAUGUCUAUUGUUUAAAAUUCUAAGAAUCAAAGUCUAAAAGUUUGUGUACUUUGAUAAAAGUUUGCAUAACAUACAUUUUUUGCUCUAAAAAAACAUGGUAUAUUGAAAGAAACAUAUUAAGAUAUUAUACUGUGAACAAUAACAAUGCAAAAGUUCAUGUCACUUAGCAAAUGUUGUAAACAUGUGUUUGAGUUAAUCAUGUUCUAAGUCCUGAACUAUAAGGGAAGCGAACUAAAUGUCUUUUUUUGUUACAUUAAGAAGCUUAUUGGUGGCUGAGUCAUAAGUAACAACUAAUGUAUUGAGCUUAAACAAGUGUUCAGCAAGGUCAUCACAACUGCAGUUAUCAAUACUGACAUUCACUAAUGCCACUAAAAUGGCUGUUUCCGCACUGAAAAUAGACAGCUGCAUAAUAUUAAUGUCUGGUAUUUUCAUGAAUUGUAAUCUCAUGUAGCACUGACUUUUACACAAUUGAAGUUGCACUGUCAUUCAGCAUCUUGUGCAGUUUCCUUGGCCAUUUUUUCCUGUAAUAUUUGAAUUACAAGAAAAACAGACUUUAAAACAGGAUAUCUCCUUCACUCCACAAAUUACUGCAUCAAUCUGAUUGAUCGUGUCAGGCAAUACAUUUACUUCAGGUAAAGCAUCCUUGUGUUCAGGUGCAACAGUUUGCUGAGUAGUUGCUGGUGUCUUUUGGAGAACUAACAUAUCUCUCACCAUACCAGUUGUCUUUUACUUUGAUGUGCUUGAUAUAGCGACGCUUGAUCGCCGCUAGCUGGACCGUACGAAUCUCACUGAUCGACACAACAAAUAUCGCCCCAAUUUCUUUCUGUUAAACGCCUCCUUUAUUAAAUGUCGUAUUUGACCGUGAAGCUAAAAAUAAUUGAUUCACAAAAUUAGGGACAAGAAAUUAGCUAUAGAAACACUCGAGGUAAAUUAAACUUACAUUGUUGCCGGAUCUGGCGAGAGUUGACACAAAAAAGACCUUUCCUUCCUUCGAUAAAAACGACAGACAAUUUCUUUCUAUUAAACCACGAGUGCUUGCGAAAUCGAUCGAAUUAUUGAAUUGCACAAUAGAUCCGUUCUGUUUGGAAAUGCGAUACCACUUACGGAGCGCGUGAUGAGGCACCUAGUGUGACUUUUACAGAUUAUUAAUUAAACGAUUACUAAAUCAAAACAAGGGAUAAACCCGUGCCUUAGGGGCACUUACAUGGCUCCCCUUGAAAUCACCGUAUUUCAAACAAAACGAAACAUAAUUAAAGUAACAAGUUCAGAGUUCACUGACAUGUCCGUGUCUAGUCCUCCUUUUGAAUGUGUUCGUUGAAUGGCUCCCCAUGCGGGAAUCCCAGUCUUUCCUCUCUUGGCAGCAGCAGGACAAGCUUUUGAAUGGGUCUUUCCAAAACUGAUGGGGGGUGCACUCUCUUUCCAGUGCUGGAGAUAUCAGGGUCUCCAAUCGCUACCUUGACACUACGCACCAGUCCAUCGGCCUUGUUGGGGUACGUUUCUAUCACACGAGCAAGGCUCCACCGAUUCCUCGCCUUGUUGUCGUCUUUAACGAUAACUACGUCGCCAACUUGCAUGUUACGGCGUGGUCUCGUCCACUUGGACCUCUCUUGUAAGCUAUGAAGAAAUUCCUUCCUCCAAUGGUCCCAGAAUUCGCAUGAUAAAUGCUGGACUCGUCGCCAACGUUUCCUUGAGUACAGGCCUUCUCUUUGAAACACGCCAGGCGGAGGUAGAACUGGCUUUGCUUUCAUUGUGAGGAUAUGAUUUGGCAUCAGUGGAGAUAGUGACCCUGGAUCGCUUAGAUUAUCCACUGUCAGGGGACGGCUGUUCACGAUUGCUUCGGUUUCACAAAUCAGCGUGUGAAAGGACUCUCCGUCCAGGCAACUUGCACUCUUCUCCAGGAGGGCUGAUAGUACACUGCGAAUGGUCCUGAUUUGGCGCUCCCAUACUCCUCCUGCAUGGCUGGCUGAUGGGAAAUUCAUCUUAAAGGUUAUCCAAUCACAAUUCUCUUUCAACAUCUCAGUGUUGAUCUUGCCUUGAUCCAUAGACUGCAACGCUUUGCGGAGCUCUCGUUUUGCUCCGAUGAAAUUCGUUCCUUGAUCACUGCGCAGCUGACGUACAGGACCCCUUCUGCAGAUGAAACGACGCAGGGCGUUGAGGAACGAGUCAGUCUCCAAGGAGUUCGAGACUUCAAGAUGUAGGGCUCUUGAUGCCAUACACGUGAAGAGGGCAACAUACUUCUUUACCUCCUUGCGCCCCUCCUUAAUAUACCAUGGUCCACAGUAGUCGACAGCGCAGUAGGUGAAGGGGGGUGCCGGUUCCAGACGAUCCUCCGGAAGGUCGGACAUUUUCUGCUCCUGGACUGCACCUCGUAACUUCCGGCAGGUGACACAAUUUGCAAUUUUGGAGGCUACAGCUGAUGUUCCGCCGAUAACCCAGAAUCCAUUGGCUCGGAUCUCGUUUAAGGACAUUCCACGACCUUGAUGUUGAACCUUCUCAUGGUAGUGCUUAAUGAUCAGACCUGUAACAUGGCCCUUUCUCGGAAGGAUGACUGGGAACUUUGUUUCAUCUGUAAAAUUGCCUCGUUGGAUCCGACCACCAACUCGUAGCACUCCAUCAUGGUCAAUGAAUGGGUCGAGGCGGUACAACGAGCUCGUCGCCUUCAUGGCUCUCUUCUUCUGCUGCGCGGAUGAUCUAUCUUGUCCUUCUUGAAACGGCUUUAACAGACCCAUCUCCCUUGAAAAGGCGACCCUCUGGGCUGCCUUGAGGAUUUCCCUUUCAGCUGAUAAAAUCUCUUCCACUGUCAGGGCAGGCCUUUGCUGACGUUUUGUUGGUUUAGCACAACUUUCUUUCUUGGAGGACGCCAGUUGACGGAGUUUUUGCUUGUAGCGUAGACAGAUAGCAACGGCUCUACACGCCCUAUGCCAGUCCGAGAAGUAGUUUAAACUCUCAACAAGGUUCCAUGGCUCUUGCGUACUUGUUGCAUAAGAAGUCAAAUUCUUCACCUCUGGAUCGUCUGAUGGCGUAAUGAGGUCUUGAGCCUCGAGGGGUUGUGGCCACUGGUCUUCGGGCGUCCAAAGGAACUCUAGCCCUGAAAUCCAUCUUGAACUUUCAACGAGUUCCUUGGCAGUGAUACCACGCGAUGCAUCAUCGGCUGGGUUACACUUCGUUUCGACGUGUCUCCAUUGGCUAGGUGAGGUUUGGUCCCUUAUUUGUUGAACACGGUUGGCUACGAACACGUGGAACCUCUUCGAGUCGUUCUUUAUGUAGCCUAACAUGACUUUACUGUCAGUCCAGAAGAUUUCUUCUACACUUUCAUACUGGAGCUCCUGACGGAGCAUCUCGCCGACCCUCACUGACACCACAGCUGCUGUGAGUUCCAGACGUGGUAUGGUGACCAUCUUUAAAGAAGCUACUCUUGCUUUGCCCAUAAUCAGGGAACAGUGGAUCUGGCCUUUGUCGUCUACCAAACGAACGUAUGAACACUGGCCAUACCCAGUCGUGCUUGCGUCUGAGAAGUGAUGAAGCUGUGUUGAUAUCACCGUUCCGAAACCUUCUGGUUUAAAGCAUCUUCGAACGGAGAGAUCUUCUAAGUGGUGUAACUCAUCCCUCCAUUUCAGCCAACGUGAUCUUAUGUUCUCGGGGAUAGGGUCGUCCCAUUCCACUUUACCUCUGCACAGAUCUUGCAGAAGGCCUUUUCCUGUCAAGAUUAGAGGUGCCAGAAACCCCAACGGAUCGUACACACUGCUAACAGUGGACAGAAUUCCUCUUCGCGUUAAAGGGCGAUCUUGCAUCACGAUCCGGAACUUGAAAGCGUCUGACUCAAUACACCAACUCACACCAAGCGCUCUUUCCAUAGGCAGUUCAUCCUUCUCGAGAUUCAGCUCCUUUAUGCCUUUCGCACGAUCUUCCACUGGUAUGGACUCGAUAACUUCUCUUUUGUUGCUUGUAAAUUUAUGCAGGUUAAAUCCUCCGCGCCGACACAUCUCUUUAGUCUUGCGUAUGAGCUCCUUUGCUUGACUUGUAGAAGGUACAGAUUUCAGACCGUCGUCAACGUAGAAAUCUUUCCUCAGGAACUCGGCUGGUUCGAAGCCAAACUCUUGUUCAUGGUCAUCAGCGGUCUUCUUUAGCGCAAAGUUACAACAACCAGGAGACGAACCAGCUCCAAAGAGAUGAACGGUCACCCGGUAUAUCGUGGCUCCUUGUUUACAUCGCCAUCCUCCCACCACAAGAAGCAUAACAGAUCUCUACAAUGUUCAGUGACGUGGACCUGCAGAAACAUUGCUUCUAUAUCUGCCAUGAAGGCAACUGGCUCCCUUCUGAACCUCGAUAGCACUCCAACAAGCUUGUUGGUAAGAUCUGGGCCUUGGAGAAGAUGCUUGUUACGAGCCUCCCCUUUGUACUCCGCGGAGCAAUCGAAGACUACGCGGAUCUUGUCCGGCUUCUGAGGGUGGAAGACACCAUGGCGAGGAAGGUACCAUGUCUUUCCAUCUUUCCUAACUUCGUCCUUUGGUAUCUUCUCAGCAUAUCCCUUCUUAAUCAUGUCAUUCAUGAAUGCCGUGUAGUCUUCUUUGUAUUUCUCAUCUCUUCGAAAUCUCAGUUUCAACUGCUGGAGGCGAUGGACUGCAAGCUUCUCGUUAUUCGGCAGGGCUAACGAUUCAUUUCGUAGUGGCAAUGGCAGUUCAUAGUGUCCAUCUGAACGAUGGGUAAUUCCUUCUUUAACCUUUGCCAUGAAUCUUCGAUCAUCCAUGGAAAGGGUUUGUUGAGCCGCGUGCUUCCCUUCAUUGAAAUCUCGCUCGAACAUUCUCUUAACUGCUUCUGGAGAGAUGAUCUCUUUUACGUGUGUCUCAACAACAAAACUAUGGGAAGGUAAUUCUUCGCUACCGAUCUCCUUCACUGCAACUCUGUGACAUAAGACAUCCGAAUCUUCUGUGGUUGUACUUCCUGUCACUGGACCAAUGAUGCCCCAACCAAGGAGGGUACGGAUGGCAUAAGGAUCGCUGCUUCUACCAGGAAUGACCUGCUUUGGCUUUAUGGCGUUUGGACAGUUUGAGCCGAUCAAAAGUCCCACUUGCAGAUCGUUUUGGUACGGGUAAAUCUUGUUGGCUAAAUGACUUAGGUGUGGCCAUUUUGCUGCCGACUCUGGCCUUGGGAUCUCGUUUCUUCUCGAUGGUAUUUCGUUCCUUGAGUACGUCUUGGGAAGCUUGAUGUAGACCGCUCUAUCCAUUCUUUCCACGAUAAGACCGCUCACUCUACGAGUAGGAACUACUUCUGAACCAUGCAUUGUGUUUAGCUUCAAUUGAGUCUCGACUCCAUUAACUUGCAGUUCUUCGAGUAUGCUUUCCUUAACGAAAGUUCCGUUACUAGCUGGGUCGAGCAGCGCAUAAAUUACAACUUGUCUUUCAAGGUUGUCUUGGUGGUACAUUCGAACCGGAACAAUCAUAGAGUUUGUGAUGGCAUCGGUGACUCCAGUAGCAUUACAGGUACUUGUACAGCUGCUAGUUGCUUCAGCUGCCUGAACUACUCUUGCUUGGUCUUCACUACCUUGCUUGGGAGAAAUUUUGCUUUCAUCAUGAAGGAUGGUCGGGUGGGGCAUACUACAUGUCUUACACACCUUCCGGUUUCGACAUCUUCUUGACAUGUGGCCGUAGCAGAGAGAACCGAAACAUAUUCUAGCUUCUUGGAUAAAUGCUCUUCUUUCUUUAACAGUCUUCUUUUUGAAACUUGAGCACUUCUCCAGAUCGUGAUGCUGACUGUUGCAGAAUGGACAUGAAGAACCUGGUGGCGGUUGAUCAUCGUGAGGUGUGGCACUUGUCAAGAAGCUACUUGUACUCUUGCCUUUUCUUCCAUUGUUUCGCCAGGUUGUGUUCCUGUUGGUGUUGUUGUCACUGCUGCUACUGCUAGUGAACUCAUCUUUCCUUGCUUCCUUGAGGGCUUCAGUUGAGAAUACUGGGUCGGUUGCCAAGGCUGCUUCUUGUGUUACAAAUUUGACAACGUCAUGAAACGUAGAAAGUCUUUCUUCCGAUUUUAACAUCUUAUUAGCAAAACGGCACCAUUUCACUCCCAUGUUACUUGGCAGCUUUGCAGUUAUCCUUCUAAGAGUGUCCUCGGAGUUAAGGCCUUCCAUGUACUUUAACGUAUUCAUGGCUUGUUCGCAAAGCACCAGGAAAUCAGCAAACUGUUGCAAACGCGCGCCGUCCCCUUCUUUCAUAGGAGGCCAAGCAUUCAGCUUAUCCUUGUAGGCCUGUGCAACGCGAUAAGGAUGGCCGAAUCUUUCCUUUAAUACCUUUCUAGCCUUAUCAUAGGAAUCUGGAGAGUCGAGGUUAAUGAAGCCUUGAAUUGAUUCCUUAGCGUCCCCAGAUGUGAACUGGUUUAAAUAAUAGAGCCUCUGCUUUGGAUCGCUCACUUGGCACUCUUUUAAACUUUCGAAGGCACUGAUGAAUGCUGCGUAAUCGAAGUGGUUUCCAGAGAAAACCGGGGGCUGCUGUGCUGGAAGCAGACUCAUUCUUUGAUGUUCGGCGACAAGCUUCACCACCGAGGUUAACUCGUCUGUUCUGUCGGAAAUCUCCGGCUUUGAUUCACGUGAUGGUGAUUCACCAGCUUGCAUGCCUUGGCGUACAACUGGGCCAUUUGGGGGUUCAAAGGGCGGAGCCUUUGGGUUUAAGAACCCGUUAUCUUGCAAAGGUUUCGUUUCACUAGGUUCCUCUUUGGGCGAUAGCUUGGGUUUGACGUCUAGAAUUGGUGUUUCAUGCUUCGGGAUCUGGGGGAAAUCCUCCCUCCUUUCUUCUUCUUCGAUCUUGCGCAUGGUUUCUUCCUCAGCCUUUGCCUUAGCUAACUCCUUUUGCAUUACUAGCUUCUUAUACUCUGCUUCCCUUUCUAGAAAGUCCAUUUCUAGUUGAAGACACGCUGCCUUGGGCGCUGCCUUUGCUCUUCUAGAUCUUACUGAAGAGGAGGAAGAACGCUUGGAUAAUUUUGACAAAACCAGAGACAUUUUAUUGCUUGUUUGUCUUUCCACACUAAGCAAGGCUUCGUUAAUUCUAAUGCGACAUUGGAAAUGUUCGCGAUCCCAAAUAUCAAACCACUCGUACGCUUCAUCUGCUUCCUUAGUGUCAUGCAAUUCCUUGUAAUAAUUGUGAUGAGUGUCAUUCAUCCUAUCCCUACACAAGUCUAGACUGUCACGCUCUUGCUCUAGGACUCUUGCGUCUAAUUCUUUUAUCGAUUCGAGUAAAGAGUUUACCUUCGUUAUCUGCCUCCUCAGAGCGACUCCUGCGGCCUUUCCCUCCUCAACAAGCCUUUCCAGGCGAAGUGACUCGCCCUUUUCGGUAGGGAUUCUUUCUCUUCUGUCCCUUUCAGUCGUUUCAACGCCGACUUGAUGGUCAUCGUUCUGUUCGCUCGUGACUUCUUCCAUCGUAGGAUUUGCCUGCGCCAUGGCUAUUGUAUGCAGUCGACAAACUCCCGCUAAUAUCUUGAAUUCCUCCAAUCUUCACUAUAGCGACGCUUGAUCGCCGCUAGCUGGACCGUACGAAUCUCACUGAUCGACACAACAAAUAUCGCCCCAAUUUCUUUCUGUUAAACGCCUCCUUUAUUAAAUGUCGUAUUUGACCGUGAAGCUAAAAAUAAUUGAUUCACAAAAUUAGGGACAAGAAAUUAGCUAUAGAAACACUCGAGGUAAAUUAAACUUACAUUGUUGCCGGAUCUGGCGAGAGUUGACACAAAAAAGACCUUUCCUUCCUUCGAUAAAAACGACAGACAAUUUCUUUCUAUUAAACCACGAGUGCUUGCGAAAUCGAUCGAAUUAUUGAAUUGCACAAUAGAUCCGUUCUGUUUGGAAAUGCGAUACCACUUACGGCGCGCGUGAUGAGGCACCUAGUGUGACUUUUACAGAUUAUUAAUUAAACGAUUACUAAAUCAAAACAAGGGAUAAACCCGUGCCUUAGGGGCACUUACACUUGAAGAUGUAAGUCUUGAUUGGAAUCAACUUAGUCCUGCCAAAGAACAAUGUUGAUUUGUCCUGUUGGGUCCAUAGGUGUUCCAUCCUGUUUGGUAAGUUCUGUUUUGUUGCAAGUUAUGAUCUUCUUGGGUUGGGAUAGGUUGAACACUUUGACCAUUAUUGUGAUAGGCUGUUCUGGGACAGCAUUUGUCAGGGAGUCUAGGGGCAUGAUGGAGUCUGUUGGAACAGUUACAGGAACAAAAGCAUUCUUGUCACUUAGUGUUGUGUGCAAGAUAUUGGUAUCCUGGUUGAUGACAAUGUCUUGUCAGUGAAUUCCAGUUUAUCUUGAAUUUGGAUUUCUUUACUGGGAAUUUCUGCUCUUGAAGUCUAGUCAUUUGACUUUUCUUUUCAGGUGAGAAGCAGACUGCCCUUUUCUUCUGAUUUUUUGUGUGAAUGUGGCAGUUAAAAUACUUUUUUGACCCACUGGUCAUCAUUAGGGUCAUAUUUGAAAUGUACCUGAGAGGGUCUUCUUUUUCAUCAAUCUCAUCUGAGCAACCUAGGACAGUAGAAAAUUAUGCACAUUUUAACCAUACUUUCAAAAAGUGACUCUUAUUGUAAUACUAAUACUAAAUGUAUCCAUAGCAUUCUUAUUGUUUGUUUGUUCUUUAAACUUGUUUAGGGUGAUUGUAGAUCAGUAGAUUGCUUACCUGACAUAUUAGCACGUUCUUCAAACUCCAUUACUGAAAUAAUGAAUUCU